GGGGGCUCCAGGCCAGUCCCCGCCGUCACCCGGUGCGAGCCCGCGAGAGGCCUCGUGCAGCUGGCAGCCCCGCCCCGGCGCCCGCCUGCUCUUCUCGCGGGUCCGGACCGCGAGCGCGGGGGCCGACGGGUCGCCGCUGCGCCGGGCCGGGUGGGGCGGGAUGGCGGUCACCGCGCUGCUGGAGGCCGGCCUGGCGCGGGUGCUCUUCUACCCGACGCUGCUCUACACCCUGUUCCGCGGGAAGGUGCCGGGUCGGGCGCACCGGGACUGGUACCACCGCAUCGACCCCACCGUGCUGCUGGGCGCGCUGCCGUUGCGGAGCUUGACGCGCCAGCUGGUACAGGACGAGAACGUGCGCGGGGUGAUCACCAUGAACGAGGAGUACGAGACAAGGUUCCUGUGCAACUCUUCACAGGAGUGGAAGAGACUAGGAGUCGAGCAGCUGCGGCUCAGCACAGUAGACAUGACUGGGAUUCCCACCUUGGACAACCUCCAGAAGGGAGUCCAGUUUGCUCUCAAGUACCAGUCGCUGGGCCAGUGUGUCUACGUGCAUUGUAAGGCUGGGCGCUCCAGGAGUGCCACUAUGGUGGCAGCAUACCUGAUUCAGGUGCACAAAUGGAGUCCAGAGGAGGCUGUAAGAGCCAUCGCCAAGAUCCGGUCAUACAUCCACAUCAAGCCUGGCCAGCUGGAUGUUCUUAAAGAGUUCCACAAGCAGAUUACUGCAGGGGCAGCAAAGGAUGGGACUUUCGACAUUUCAAAGACAUGAUGUAUGUGGAUUAGAAAGAACUCAAGACACUCCUGCUUGAUACAGAAUAAAAAAAGCUUAACAGGACCAACAGGGCUUAAGCCCAGACUUGACGUAACAGAAAUGUGCCAAUAGGUAAUAGGUAAUUUUUCUUUCUCUGACUUGUUUUGUUUUCUUGAAAUAACACUGUUGUGUGGCUAGAAAGGAAAAGAUUUAGUGUGGCUUGUAUUCAUGGGAUACAGGACAGGGAUGGGGCUAUCGUCUUUUCUUGAAUAGGGCUAAAGAAGUAUUUUAACAAAAAUCUAUUAUGUACCUAAUAUUGUGCCUAAUAAUAUUUAGCACCACAACUCAAAAAACAUUUAGCACUUGAAAAAAGGAGACUCAGCUCUGGCUCUUUGCCACUGUCAUAAUCUGAGUCUCACUGGCCCUGUGGAGUAGGGAUCCUAUCUGGAGAAGUUCAAAGUCACCCUUUCAGAAUUCAACACAGACACACAUAUCCCUUCAAAAACUUUUAUUUGUAUCAACAGUUCCUAGCUCUUGACUUAGCUUAGAGCUUUUAAAAGAGCAGACACCUUAUAUAUUUGAGCUUGAAAAAGUUUCUGCUAUUAAUCAGAAAUAAUUAUUUCUAUUUUCUGGCUUACCCCUUGGAAUAAGCCAAAAACAAAACCAAAGUUACAUUUCCUGACAGAUGGAUAAGAAAACAAUAGAAGGAACAUCCUGAAUUCUAGAGUUGACUCUUGCUGGUGAAGUACACCUUCAGCUUAGUCCAUUCUCCUAAGUAAAGCCUGAAGGAAAACUCUUAACACCUAAUUCUUUGUGGAAAAACGAUCAACUAGCCAUUUGACAGGCUAUAGAACAAAAGUACAAUUGGGCAUCUUUCCUUAUGUCCUGGGAUCAGGGGUGCUUACAUUUAACAUUGAUCAGGUAAAGGGGAGAGGCUGUGCCUAAGGUCUGAGAAAAGGCUUGCUCUAAGCAAGCUGUGGUGAGGCACAGGAUGACUAGGGGAUGGCAGAGAACAGGCUGGCCUACUGUCAGUUCAAGCAACCAGCUGAGCAGCAGCAGUCUAAAAAGCCCCAAACAGAACACCUCCAUGGGUUCAGGGAAGGGCUGAGGCACUGCCUUUCUAGUAUAUGCCAAAAAAAACAUAACUCUGAAUUGGGGCCCAGGGGACUUUUGAGUUUGUGUGGGGAGGGAAAAGGAGUGAGCAGCUCUCCUCCCCUCCCCACAGCCUUAGGCCAACACAAACUGCAAAUUGGUAAGCAGCACCUUAAUACCUCUUGUGACAGUUACGGCUGAAGUGGCAGGGUCAAGCUUGUAGGUGUUGGCAUCCCCCUUUUUAUAUCGGUCCCGGAAGACAUAGAUGCUCCCGUUACAGCUGGCAAUCUUCCAGAGGGAUGGGGCAGAGCUCCAGGCCUCAGGAAGGCAAAGCCGGGUGAAACUGUCUAGCAAGGGAUUGUAGCACACCAGGGAGUCCCCUUCAGCCACGAUGAACACCAGAUCUUUAUGCACAGCUGCGUGCAUGCGGCCUGCAAAGGGCAGCACAUAGGGCUUCACAUGGCAUUUGUCUGUCUCUGUGUCAAAGCAUUGGAUGAGUCGGGAAGGUUUGGUAAAGAAGUCCAGAUCAUUCUCCUCCCCCCCUAGUAAGUAGAUGAUCCCAUUGAGGUUGGCACCAGCAGCCCCUGACACAGCCACCUCUAGCUGGGUUGUCUCUGUCCACACAUUAUCACCUACGCGAUAAUAAAUGACUGCGUUGGAGAGGGUA